AUGAGCAUGGAAAAGGACCCGAGCAUGGCCCAACGUGACCUCCACCUUGCGAUACCCGGCCGAUGGAGCUCAACGUUAUUUCCCACAUUAUACGGAAUCGACGAAAUAUUUCUCAUGUUACUGUCCCAAGUGAUCCGCCUUGCCAAUGAGCGAGAUUUGUCCAUGAUGUCUGAUGCAACAGGGAGUCGGCUCAGUCUGAAGGAAUUCUGGACUCGAGCAAAGGGCCUUGAAAGGGCCAUUGAUCAUUUGCUAUCGACUACAAAUCCAGGUGGUGUUGAACUUUACGACGGAGCCCUCCCAGUGGUCAAGACUGCGACAGCACAAGCAAUGUAUACGGCACUAUCAAUUUUCUUCCAUCGCCGAAUAUACGAAAUUGAUCCCACAAUGCUGCAGGGCAAUGUGAAUGCAAUUCGGGGCUACCUAACCCAAAUUCAACAAGAGGAAAGAGAUCAGAAAGGCAGUAAUAAUGCUGCGCUGAUAUGGCCAGCUUUUAUCACUGCUUGUGAGGCUGUUAGCCCCGAGUUACAGUCGUUCUUUUCCUCUUGGUUUGAUAAUUGCGCUCGGACGACAGCAUUGGUUUAUGCAUCGACCGCCAAGCAGAUAUUCGAGACAAUAUGGACCAAAAGGUGCAAUGGUAGCAUUUCUGGAGAAACAUAUAGCUGGCCAGAUAUUUUGCGGGAUAGGGAUAUCAAGUUUAUGUGCAUAUAA